UCUUUAACUCUCAACACGUUUGACGUUCUGCGCUCGGUGGUGUUCUUCUACAUUAAGACUCCUCUGAGGGUGAAGGAGGCGGGACUAGAGGAACUCAUCCCCACCACCUGGUGGCCCACACGCUUCGACAAAGAGGUACAGCCAAUCACAGCUCUCCUCUCAGAGGUACAGCCAAUCACAUCUCUCCACUCAGAGGUACAGCCAAUCACGUCUCUGUUGCGCCCCAGUAGUGUCUCCUUUCACCUGAAGUGUGCACUUUUUCUAUACUUUCCACAAAUCUAAAAGCAUUGGAUUGGUGGAGGCAUGGGCUACUGGGGGGUUACACCAUCUUUCUUAUACCAGUCAUUUCCUAUCAAAUCAGUGAAGGGAAGUGAACAAGUGCACACUUUGGGAGGAAUGAGAGAUAAUUGGGACAGAGCCACAAUCAUAUCUCUCCUCUGAAAUAGUCACAUUCCUCUUCUCAAGCACAUAGGGUUUUCUCUGAAACAAUCACAUUCCUGUUCUCAAGCGUAGAGGGUUUUCUCUGAAACAAUCACAUUCCUGUUCUCAAGCGUAGAGGGUUUUCUCUGAAACAGUCACAUUCCUGUUCGCAAGCGUAGAGGGUUUUCUCUGAAACAAUCACAUUCCUGUUCGCAAGCGUAGAGGGUUUUCUCUGAAACAAUCACAUUCCUGUUCUCAAGCGUAGAGGGUUUUCUCUGAAACAAUCACAUUCCUGUUCUCAAGCGUAGAGGGUUUUCUCUGAAACAGUCACAUUCCUGUUCGCAAGCGUAGAGGGUUUUCUCUGAAACAAUCACAUUCCUGUUCUCAAGCGUAGAGGGUUUUCUGUCCCAUGUUCAGUAGGUCACAAAACAAAGACAUCUGGGAAACAAAAUAAAAAAUAAUAUUUGUUAUCGUUAUAUUACCGAGACACAUUUGAAAAGGAUGUCAAAUGAUUUGGCGAUCAUUUUUUGUUGUUUCAGAAGCGGAUAACAUUUCUAGCUACAUUCUUAGACAAAAAAAGGUUAUUAGUUUGUCCACAUAGGAUCACCGUUUUGCUUCCAGGUUUUUGCCCUACCACUACACAGCUGAUUCAAAUGAUCAAGGCUUGAUUAUCAGUGGGGUCCCGAGGACCGAGUUUGGGAAACCAUCUGUUAGUGAAAGGGUUCCACUUGGAACCAAAAAUCGUUUAUUUUCAGAGGAUUUACCCAUGGGGACAACUGAAGAAGCCUUUAUGGAUCUAGGUAGCACUGCUUAUUUCUACGAGUGUAACAAAGUGAUAACGGGAACUGUGGUUGUAUGAAAUACAGUACAAUCAGUCCCCUGUCAUGUGACUAUACAAUCAGUCCCCUGUCAUGUGACUAUACAAUCAGUCCCCUGUCAUGUGACUAGGGAAAGGAGUCUAAAGAUGAGAGUGCAGAGGAGAGGCUGAGACGCCGGGCCUACGAGAGAGGCUGUCAGAGGCUCAAGAAGAGGAUUGAGGGUAAGUAAUGUCCACUACUGUUAAAAUCCCCCUCACACCUGUCCGUCUGUCUGUCUCUCUGUCUGCCUGUCUACCCAGUACAGCCAGAAGGGGUUGGGUUCCCUCUAGGUUGGGUCCCUCUAGGUUGGGUCCCUCUGGGUUGGGUCCCUCUAGGUUGGGUCCCUCUAGGUUGGGUCCCUCCUAGGUUGGGUCCCUCCUAGGUUGGGUCCCUCCUAGGUUGGGUCCCUCCUAGGUUGGGUCCCUCCUAGGUUGGGUCCCUCUAGGUUGGGUCCCUCUAGGUUGGGUCCCUCUAGGUUGGGUCCCUCUAGGUUGGGUCCCUCCUAGGUUGGGUCCCUCCUAGGUUGGGUCCCUCCUAGGUUGGGUCCCUCCUGGGUUGGGUCCCUCUGGGUUGGGUCCCUCCUAGGUUGGGUCCCUCUAGGUUGGGUCCCUCUAGGUUGGGUCCCUCUAGGUUGGGUCCCUCCUAGGUUGGGUCCCUCCUAGGUUGGGUCCCUCUGGGUUGGGUCCCUCCUAGGUUGGGUCCCUCCUAGGUUGGGUUCCUCUCUACGUUUUCUUCCUUGGGAGUUUUUUUUCCCUUUCCUGUGCUUCUGUUCCUGCUUCUGCUUGCUCUUUGUGGUCCAGGCCUGGUUCUGUGAAAGCACUUUGUGACAACUGCUGAUGUUAAAAAAAAGGUUUUAUAAAUGCAUUUUACUGUGCUCAAUGCUCUCUGGCUCAGCUGUGCGGUCUCUUCUGUCCUGUCAGUGGUGGAGGAGUUGCAGGUUCAGAUCCUGAAGCUGAUGCUCAACAACAAGGACAAAGGGACGGUACGUUACUUUGGUUUAGACUUUCAUUUUGGCCAUUUUUAGCAAAACAUUUUAUCCCGAUGUACGUACAGAAAUGUCAGCAUUGACACAUUUAUUCGCUGGAGAUGCACCGUUGAGGCCGUUUGCUUCACUAGGAGCUGAAAUGAAUAAAUGUGAUUUCCCCCAGGAUAUCUGGGGGAAUCAAAAUCACAUUACUGCUGUUGUUUUCUGGUGUCCUUCACUAUAAUGCAGUUAUACUUCCAUUAGAACAUGUCUAAAACUCUCACUGACCAUCGCUGCCUCUGUCUCUCACAGGGUGAAGCGUCGCGGUACAUAUUCCUGAAUAAGUUCAGGAAGUUUCUACAGGAGAACGCCAGUAACAGAGGGGUAAGAGAUGAUGAUGAUGAUGCGUUUCCUGUGUGUGUGAAUCUUUCAGCACCUCACAGCGCUGUGUCCUCCAGAAAACAUGGGUGUGUUUCCUGUGUUUGUCCUGCAGCAUCCCACGGCGCUGUGUCCUCCAGAAUACAUGGUGUGUUUCCUGCAUCGUCUCAUCACGGCCGUAAGGAGCUACUGGGAUGAAGGGAAGAUGAGGAACCCUGCCAGCGUCAGCAGCGACGGUGAGAGACACCAGGGUUUCUGUUUUUCGGAAAAUGUGGCGCCGGACUUUUGAACAGCAGCAUUUAAAUUUACCGGACAUUUGAGAAAUUUACCGGACCGAUAUGCAUUGGGGUGUGUAACCCGAUUUAGGGCGUCCACCCACGGUGCUCAGAACGACAGAAAUCACAUUUUUAGAUUAUGGUCAUUCGUCUUAACAGAACAUGCAACAGCGUGCGUCCUUAUUGAAUUCCGAUGUUCAUUUGAAGAUGUUAGUAUAACUGUCCACAUUUGGACUUUUCCUCAGCCAACAAGACGAGUAAUGAACAGCAAAGUCAGAAGCCUAUGUCAAUCUACUAUCCCCCAUAGGAGAAACGUUUACCUAUACUAUUGGUCAGCUUGCCGUUCUCUGCGAGAAAGAAAUAGCCUAUUCCAAACAAACUCUGGGACAGUUGUGGGACCAUAUAUCACUAAUUCACCAGUAGGCUACAUCAACAAAAAAAAACAAUGAGUCUAAUGCAACAGAUCCGAACGUUUAGCUUCAAAUGUUGAUAAACUGUUAUUUCUUCACAUCAUAAAGCGCAGCAAUGCGCACAAGGCAUGUUCGUUCCAUAAUGCAAUUAGCGGGAAAACACUGUUGUCAAAAGCGCACCGCACAUGAGAGCUUUUUCAUGAGACAGAGAUGGAAAUACCCAUUAGAAUUUUAGAAAGAGGGGAGAUCUAAAGAUGUAACCACUAGCAUGGGGUUGCUAAUAUGACUAGGAUUGUGCCUCUGGUUACUAGACAAUGAAAUAAUUCCAAUAUAACAUGAGAAAUAGGCUACUAGUUUCAUAUUUCAUUUCAAGUCUUUAAAAAUAAUUGGCUUGGCUAGGUAAGGUGAACAUGCCUCAUAAUAUGUAGUAAAACGUUCCGGUUUCAAACGAUGAAGUAUGUUUUCAAAAUGCAUACUGCCUCCAGCUCAUUGCAAAGUGGUGUGUGACGCGCUGAAGCCUGCCUACCGUUAUAUGCAAUUGAAUGGCGACAUGGAAGUGCGCUUCAAUUACCAGUUGAGAAAUAAAAUAGCAGCUCUUUUUAAUCUUGGCUAUCAACAGGGCAAUAACAUUGUGAGCAAAAUGAUUAAUCAUACCAUUUUAGUAAACAGUUUAAGGGACCUUUUUUACAUUUGAGCAUCUGUGGCCUCCAUUUCAGAAAAUGUACCUAAAAUGUGUAAUUGGUGUUACCACCAUUGGUGUUACUACUCCUACUGGUUGCACAGUGUUAUCAUAAUGGUAAACAUGAUUUAAAGUCAUUAAGCUACCAUAAUAGUUGAUUUAGAAUGGGAAGAUGUACUCACAUCAUAUACAUUUUAAUAAAAGACAAAUCCAUGCCCAAAUGCCACCUUUAAUUCAAGAACGACCCAACUUCAAACUUUGAGUGGGAAUACAACAGACCAAUGUCAAGUUACUUCUAUUAAAGGGAUACUUCAGGAUUUUGGCGAUGAAGCCCUUUUAUACUUCCCCAGAGUCAGAUGAACUCGUGGAUACCCUAUUCGUCUCUGCCUGCAGUUUUGAAGUAAGUUGCUAACUAGCGUUAGCAUGCUAGCUGUUACCAUAGACUUCUAGUCAUUGCCCUAACGCUAGUUAGCAUUGGCUUUCGAAAACUACCUCCUAACUUCCUUCCUCACUUGAUGCGGAUACAUAAACAUUACAUCCACGAGUUCAUCUGACUCUGGGGAAAUAGAAAAAAUGGGUUCAUUAGACAAAAUCCCAAAAGUAUCCCUUUAACCCUGCAGUUGGAGAGGAUUUGGAGGAGACCUCAAACCCAUCAGCGCAUUCGAUCAGUGUCUAGGGGAACUUCACCCUACUCAGAGCAAAGCCCUCAAAGUAUUCCAGUUUAAACAUCCAGUCAGGGUCCGCAGAGUAAUAUGAGAAGAAUGCAAUUGCUGCAUUUAUGUAGAUUUUUCUAAACUAAGUGCAUGGUUUCGCACAAGGCGCUUAAAGUACUUGAAUUUGGCACUCGGAGAAGUCAUUUUCUCAAGUUCGUACUUGAAAAGUACUUGAAUUAAAAAUGAGAGGAACAGAUAAUGAUCAAAUGUUUUGGUCUUGCUAAUUUAAUUUCUACCAAGUUUUAUUUCCUGACGUGUUUUGCGCUGUGAUUGCCAGGCGACCUGGCUCAUUUCACCCACACUGCCACUCAGCCGGGCAGGUACAGAACUGACUGAUUAGGAGCUGCCAAAUGUCACAUCGAUAGCUAAAAUGCCGGGCAAAUGUAGAUUAAAUUCUGCCUUUUGUGCAUAUGGAACAUUUCUGGGAUCUUUUAUUUUCAGCUCAUGAAACAUAGGACCAACACUAUAUGUUGCGUUUUUUAUGUUUUUGUUCAGUAUAGAUUACUCACCUUUUUUUUUUUUACCACUACAUCUCACUGGACCCAACCAACCCACACUGUGAGGUGCAAAAAAAUGCGUCAGACUUUUACAUUGCGAGCAUGGGUGAAUCGGCCCUGAAGAGCCACGUGAAGGGCGAAAGACCCGACACUGCAUCCUGUGCUGGCGCCAAAUCAAAUCAAAUCAAAUUUUAUUGGUCACAUGCGCCGAAUACAACAGGUGCAGACAUUACAGUGAAAUGCUUACUUACAGCCCUUAACCAACAGUGCAUUUAUUUUUAACAAAAAAAGUAAAAAUAAAACAACAACAAAAAAAGUGUUGAGAAAAAAAAGAGCAGAAGUAAAAUAAAAUAACAGUAGGGAGGCUAUAUAUACAGGGGGGUACCGUUGCAGAGUCAAUGUGCGGGGGCACCGGCUAGUUGAGGUAAUAUGUACAUGUGGGUAGAGUUAAAGUGACUAUGCAUAAAUAAUUAACAGAGUAGCAGCAGCGUAAAAAGGAUGGGGUGGGGGGGCAGUGCAAAUAGUCCGGGUAGCCAUGAUUAGCUGUUCAGGAGUCUUAUGGCUUGGGGGUAGAAGCUGUUGAGAAGUAUUUUGGACCUAGACUUGGCACUCCGGUACCGCUUGCCGUGCGGUAGCAGAGAGAACAGUCUAUGACUAGGGUGGCUGGAGUCUUUGACAAUUUUGAGGGCCUUCCUCUGACACCGCCUGGUAUAGAGGUCCUGGAUGGCAGGAAGCUUGGCCCCAGUGAUGUACUGGGCCGUACGCACUACCCUCUGUAGUGCCUUGCGGUCGGAGGCCAAGCAGUUGCCAUACCAGGCGCUGAUGCAACCAGUCAGGAUGCUCUCGAUGGUGCAGCUGUAUAAUUUUUUGAGGAUCUGAGGACCCAUGCCAAAUCUUUUCAGUCUCCUGAGGGGGAAUAGGCUUUGUCGUGCCCUCUUCACGACUGUCUUGGUGUGUUUGGACCAUGAUAGUUCGUUGGUGAUGUGGACACCAAGGAACUUGAAGCUCUCAACCUGUUCCACAACAGCCCCGUCGAUGAGAAUGGGGGUGUGCUCAGUCCUCUUUUUUUUUCCUGUAGUCCACAAUCAUCUACAGUUCUACAUUGUGACUUUUUCUCUGCAACAACCUCCCAGAUUUUGCCAAUCGCUUCAAUCACGGAGCGCCCGCGAUAUUCCGCUUUAUCAAGCGGUGGCCGUGCUCCUGCCGUUCUGGUGCCGUUUUCCUCACACAGCCCCCCCCCCCCCCCCCCCCGCCCUUCUCCCGAGCGACACUAAAGCUGCCAGUUGGAAGCAAGACACAUUUUUGUAGCUAUUAAGUAGUAGAUUCCCAAAUGCCCAAUAAAAAGUCAUUAAGCUGGAAUUGUGGAGUAAUGUGUAUAGGAAAUGUGUGUUCACCAGUUGGCAUGUCCCAAAACUCUGCUCAUCACUACUCAAAUUACAAAAUCAUCAGUACUGACUUACCACUCAUGGAUAUAGUAUAUAAGUAGUGAAACAAUGUAUUAUUGAGUAGAACUUGUAAAGUAGUGAUGAAUACUAAGUUAUUUUUCUUCCAUGGUUGUGAUGAUAUACUGCCAUCUGGUGGCGACUAGAAACAAUUGCAUAAUAUGAACUAUUACAAAUUGAUGAUCCUUGAAAAUAUAUAUUAGUGCUUGAAAACGUACUUGAAAGUCCUUGAAUUUGACUUGCCACUGUCUGUACGAACCUUGUCCAAUACUAAACACACUGCUCACUUUUCCCCCAGUACCCAUUACACUCUUCGCCAUCUACUACAUCAAAGGCUAAGGGCAUCACAUCCCCUGGUAUUAAUGGGAAAAUGGGAGAUAUUUAACAGAAAAGCGUUUCCUAAGCCAUUUAUACAUUUGUUUUCCCCUCUCAUCCUAUUGCUCAGGGGACUGAGUUUAUAAUUAUCUUAAUUACUUUGCGGGCAAUUACCCACAAUAGCCGCUGUCUUCCUCUACUACGUCAAUGGUAAUUGUAAUCCUCUUCUCUCCUCCUCCUCUUCCCCCUCUCCUCUCUCCAGAGGCUUACGUUCCCCCUCAGCUCUUCUACAAUGGGAAGGUGGACUACUUUGACCUUCAGCGACUUGGAGGCCUUCUCUCUCAUCUGAAGAAAACCCUCAAA